UCCAUCCGGAUUGAGGCAGGCAGCGAGCGUCCUCCUUCUCCUCUUCUGCUUCUUCUUUCUUCUUCAUCGCCAUCGACGCUCCAACCUUUUCCGAUUAGAGGAGGUUGAAGUAGGGUUUCGGAGCGCCAACCUCGCCGCGCCCCCUUCGGCUCCUGCGUAUGGGUUCACCAUGCGCAGGAUUCGGGCCAACGCCAUCGCGAUCCUGACCGUCGCCUGGAUCCUGGGCACCUUCUACUACCUGUGGCAGGACAGCAAACCUGCAGCGGCGGCUGUGGCGGCGCCGGCGCCCUCGUCAGCGGGGAACCACCACCACCAGGGAGGAGGGCGCCAGGAGAUCCACCGGGACGACAGGACCAUCCCGCUCAUUGUGAGCCAGCCCCCGCGCGGUGAGCAUCAGGACCUUCUGCUUGGCAGCUUGGAUGAGAACAAGUACCUGGAUGCCAAGCAGCCCAAACCUGGCGACGACCCGUACCGAGAGCACGCCUUUAACCUCAUCGAAAGCCACCGCCUUGGAGCACAGCGGCCGCUCAGGGACACCAGACACUACAGGUGUGCCUCCCUUAACUAUGACAUCGACCUUCCGUCCACAAGCAUCAUCAUCACCUUCCACAACGAGGCUCGCUCCACGCUUCUGCGCACCGUCAAAAGUGUCUUGAUGAGGAGUCCUCCGCAGCUCAUUCACGAAAUCAUUCUGAUUGAUGACUUCAGCGCUGACGCCGACGACUGCCAGCUGCUUGCUCAGAUCCCCAAAGUGCGUUGCCUGAGGAACGGCAGGAGAGAGGGACUUAUCCGGUCCAGGGUGCGAGGGGCUAACUCUGCCUCGGCUCCCAUCUUGACAUUCUUGGACAGCCAUUGUGAAGUGAAUACUGAUUGGCUGCAGCCCAUGAUUCAACGAGUCAAGGAGGACCAUACUCGAGUGGUGAGCCCUAUCAUCGAUGUCAUCAGCCUGGAUAACUUCGCUUACUUGGCCGCCUCGGCUGACUUGAGAGGAGGAUUUGACUGGAGCCUCCAUUUUAAAUGGGAGCAGAUUCCCAUUGAGCAGAAAAUGGCCAGAAGUGACCCCACCCAGCCAAUCAGGACCCCUGUGAUUGCUGGUGGUAUCUUUGCAAUGGACAAGAGUUGGUUCAACCACCUUGGGCAGUACGACACCCACAUGGAUAUCUGGGGUGGGGAGAACUUUGAGCUGUCAUUCCGUGUGUGGAUGUGCGGUGGGAGUUUGGAGAUAUUGCCCUGCAGCCGCGUGGGUCAUGUGUUCCGGAAGCGACACCCGUACGACUUCCCAGAGGGCAAUGCGCUCACUUACAUCAAGAACACGCGGCGGGCUGCCGAGGUGUGGAUGGAUGAGUACAAGCAGUACUACUACUCAGCCAGGCCUUCAGCACAGGGCAAAGCUUUUGGCAGCAUCACCGACCGUCUGGCACUGCGACGGAAGUUGAACUGCAAACCUUUCCGCUGGUACAUGGAGAACGUCUACCCCGAGCUCAGGGUUCCUGAGCAGGAGGCCGUGUCCAGUAUCCUCAGACAAGGCUCAUUGUGCCUGGAGACCAGAGGGACAGACGGCCUCGGCCUGGCGGAGUGCAAGGUGCUCAGAGGUGGCAGGCCUCAGGCGCAGAGGUGGGAGUUAAUCGAGCCGCUGAUCCGGCAGCAAGAUCUCUGCUUGGCCAUCACGCUCUUCACCCCCGGGUCAAAGGUCACCAUGGAGCCCUGUAGUGCCAAAGAGCCGAGACAGAAAUGGAAGCCCAAAGGUUCGGCCCUACAGCACACAGUCAGCGGUCUAUGUCUGGACAGUCAGAGCCCGCCCGGCCCGCCUGUCGUCGCCCAGUGUCGCCCCAUGUUGGCCAGCCAGACCUGGGAGCCACAGAUCAUCACCUGAAGGCAUAGAAGGUCCCCCAAACACAAGGAUUACCUUGGCCUUGCUUCUAGAGCAGUGUAGGGAUGCUCCAUCUUUAAAGGAGGCUGCAGCUUUCCCUUAUUAUUAUACUUUUUUUUUUUUUUAACAUUUUCAUGUUCAUAUCAUGAAAAUAGGACUUUUUAAUGUUUGUACAGUAAAAGCCUACAAAUUUGCGCUUUGGCCAAAGCCAUGCGUGAAGAUGGAUACAUUGCUUUGGCGCCAUCUUUUGGCAUCUGAGAACCAAGGUGUAUUUUCAGGCGAAGGCCUUAUCUAUUGGGGGGGGGGGGGGGGGGCGCUUUGCCGACAUCUUGUAGCAUUUAUUUAUGUGAUGUCACAAUUUGGCAAAUUAGCAAAUUAUAGACUACAACCACUAUUUCACCAUGGCAAGAAUAUCUCUAAAGAUAUGUUUAUACUUGGGAAGAAGUUAUGUUACCUCAAUGAAGAUACAUGGUGACUGUCUUGAAUUGAAACCAUUGAUAAUAUACUGUGUAUCAUAUAUAACAACUACAGUGGGCUAACUCCAUUUUUGUCUUUCAGAUGAAUAGUGGUCGAAUUUAGGGUUUAGUAACAAUUUUGACAUAUAGGCUGUCAUCUAUUAUUGCACUCAGCACUUUUCCUGAUUUUUCAGCGUAGCAAAUGACCACACCCAAGAAAUUAGGCUUCACCCAUCACAAAAAAAAAAAAAAAAAACCUCACAGAAAGGGAAGUUCAGCACUUGAUAAAAGUCAUAGAAAUUAAACAGGGUUCAAGAUAGGGUGCCAGUGCAUCAAGUGAAUGUUCUUGAUCAUCUUUCAAAAAUAAGGAAAGAUUUGACAAAUUCACAGAUGUUUGGGGAGUAAAUGGGAGGACAUUUUCUGUAUACACAACUAUACAGAAGACUUUAUUGUCAUAUAAUUUAGGAAUCACCCAGAUUUCAUUCCAGUCAUAAAACUCUACAUUUCGUCACCUGAAAAAUGACAAAAAUAGAGUUAGGCCAUUCAACUGUAGGAAAUAAUAAAGAUAUUAAUAGUACCGUAUGUCUCCCUUGAAAAUGUAAGACUGAUGUGAACAAAGUUGAAAUCAGGUGAUGGUUUUUAUUUAUUGUUCUGCAUGGUUGCAUCCAAAGAAUGUUUUUCUUCUUUUGCCCUCUCAUAAACAUGUCAUAAAAGUACCUAAAGCGUAUAUUUGCUUGAUAUUUUCUGUGUGUGCGUGUGUGUGUAGGUGUGCGUGCGUGUGUGUAUGCAUACCUGGGUGUGUGCGGGGAUGUCUAAAGAGUACACCUGAAAAAUAAAAUGUAGUCAGAAUUUGUCACCUCUUCUUUCGGUUUAAUCUAUUUUGAGCUAUUUUUUUGAGAUGCUUAUUUAAUGAAAUUUGUAUCAUGACCUCCUAUUCUUCA